UACGAAUGUAUAAUCACUGUAUAAUUACUUAUUUACUCAGGAAAAAAAUAAAAUCAGAUAUACCCAACCGUUUGCUUUGGUCUCACCGUCGGGGGAUUAAGGGGAAAAAGAAAAAAAAAACACAACAAAACAACCUAAUAAUCCGUUUCUCCCAAUUUCCCUCUCUCUUUACCUGAUUAUUAAAUAUUAUAAAUCAAGUUUGUUGCCUUAUUCUCUAAUUUUACCCUCUCUCGUUCUUUCUUGAAAGAUUAUACGAGUUGUUGUUUAAAAACCUUUUUAGCGAUCAAAAGAAUUCUUCCAUGGAAAUGGCUUCAGCUUCUUCAUCGUCGCCGACGACCACCGAAGAACAGAAUCAACAACAACAACAACUACAACAAGCGGCGGCAGUUAAAGAGAAAGAGAAAGAGAAAGAGAAAGAGUGCGUUCAUAAAACGAAAACGAUACAGUUUUUAGGCCGCACUGCUCCUAUCGUUUUGCAGAACGACAAUGGACCUUGUCCUCUCCUCGCUAUUUGUAAUAUUCUUCUGCUGAGGAACAAUUUAAAUUUGAGCCCAGAUAUUGCUGAAGUUUCACAGGAGAAACUGUUAUCACUGGUUGCAGAACAUUUGAUUGAUUCCAACAGUAAUGUAAAUAAUAAAGAUGCAGGCUAUGUUGAAAAUCAACAGCAGAAUAUUGCAGAUGCCAUUGAUUUGCUUCCGCGUCUUGCAACUGGAAUUGAUGUAAAUAUAAAGUUUAGGAGGAUAGAUGAUUUCGAGUUUACCCCGGAAUGUGCCAUAUUUGAUCUUCUUGACAUUCCUUUAUAUCAUGGUUGGAUAGUUGAUCCACAAGAUUAUGAUACUGCUAUUGCUAUUGGGUCAAAGUCCUAUAAUGCUAUUAUGGGAGAGCUUGUUGCCCUUGAAACACAAGUCAUGGAGGGUGAAAGUAAAAAUAACGCUGAGGAAGAUUCUGUUGAUUUUGUUGCUGCUACUACUGCAACUUUGGGUGUUCCUUCUCCCUGUCUUUCCAAAACCAGAUCUUUUGAUGAUUCUCCACAUUCAGUCUCUGAUAACCAAAGUUUAAGGAAAGGGGACCUAGAAGAAGAAGCAGAGCUGUUGAUGGCCUUAAAAUUAUCAGAGGCUGAAUUACCCACUUCUACGGGUAAUAUGCUAGUAGCUGAUGUUAGCGAAGGAGUUCUAUCUGCUGCUUCAGAUAAACAUACAAGUUCAAAGGAGUCGGUGCCUGUAAGUUCUGUAGAUAUGUUGAAGGGGCAUGUAGGUACUGCUCAUGGUGAUACUGCUUUGAGCAAUGAUCAUAAUAAUCUCAAAUCUGUGGAAACUCUUCUCGGGGAUAUGACAUGUUCUCCCUCAAUGACUGAUCUGAGCAAGCCUAUGGAAACUCUUCCAGGGGAAAUAACAGGUUCUCCCUCAAAGACGACUGAUCAGAGUAACCUCCCUGAUCUGUCAACUUAUAAGGAAUCCAGAGAACAUAAUGCUUCUACUGACAUUGCUAAGAAUUGUAAUAUUAAGAUGUCAGUGCAGAUUGAAGAUACAUUGACUCAAUCAGAAAAUUUUGUAUUGGCAAAUGAAGAUGGUAUUGUUUUUUCUCGAGGAGGUGAAAUGGUUAAGAGUCCAUUAGAGUCCAUAGCUAAUGUUCAUGAAGCAGCAGAUAUUUCAAGUGGGCGUGAUCCAGCAGAAGCAUCAGGGUUAUCUAUGCCAAACCCAGAUUCAGACUCGUCUAGUGGCAGACUGCAGAAUGUGGAUGUAACUGAAACGUUCACUUCUAGUGUUGAUGGCAGCGAGCCCAUUUAUGAAGGAGAAGAAUGCAUCUUAGAUUCAGGAACUGCAACUUUUGAAGAUCGAGAGCCUAUGUACGAAGGUGAGGUCAUUCUUGCAGAACAAGCUGAUAAAAGUGUGAGGUUGAAGGAUGAAAUCACUCCACAACAAGGAGAGCUGAUAAAGAACUUUUUGAAGAACAAUGCUAGUCAGUUGACAUUUUAUGGUCUAUUUUGCUUACAAGAUGGGCUCAAAGAACGCGAGCUUUGCGUUUUUUUCCGCAACAAUCACUUCAGCACAAUGUUUAAGUAUGAUGGUGAGCUUUAUCUUUUAGCUACAGACCAAGGUUAUUUGAAUCAGCCUGAUUUGGUGUGGGAGAAACUAAAUGAGGUCAAUGGCGAUACAUUGUUCAUGACAGGCAACUUCAAAGAAUUUAAGGUGGAAAAUCAAGGGAAUGAUACAUGGAAUGAGCAUAAUGCUAUGGCCAGUACUGCUGACUAUAUUGCCAGCUUUGAUAAUGCAGCACAAGCGGGUUUGGAUAUAAACUCUGAUCUGCAGCUAGCAAUAGCUCUACAACAACAGGAGUUCGAGCAGCAGCAGCCACAACGCUCUAAUGUACAGCAACCUGUUAGUGGCAAUUCAAGACUGGUCACAGGUCCCCAGGUGCAAAGAAGCAGUGGGAAAUAUUCAUCAUCUUCCAGGCCUGAAGCAAAAUCAAAGGAUAAGUGUAUUGUGAUGUGAGUUUUGCUCUGAGCCCAUCUUGGAAGUCUCUACUGUAAAUGGUUUGUAUCUUGGCUUCAUUUUGUCGAUGACAUUAAUAAACUUAGGCAAUCGCACAUGUGAUCUAGAUAAAGAUUUCCGAUUGUAAAAAGUAUAUAGUACCGUAUCGUUAGACCCUUAACCGACCCCAAAAAUUUUACCGUUAAUUUUAACCCCUACCCAUGUAAGAUGCUCUAAUUUUUUCGUUUCUUUUUUUCUUUUGGAAUAAUAGGCAGUAGAUGGGUAGAGUUGUUGUAGUAUUGCAAUUAAGACAGGAAGAUCAAAGGAGGUUGUAGUUUAGUGAAAGUGUGACUUGAAAUCGCAUGGGUAGGUCCAUUUUGAAAGGCCAGUUAGGGCCUGUGAUACUGAUCUAUAUAUAUGCCUGUCAAUGCAAUAUCUCCUGGCUUAGACCUAA